AUGGUCACCGGGUUUAUGGUUCAUGGCACCGCCGGGCUGAUGAAGUGGAUGAUGGAUUCACACCGGUAUGGGAUGAAAAUCCACAUGAAUACCCCCGCCGCCGGAUAUAUUGGUUGGGGCAACGGGGACGAGUUGUCGCAUAAAACGAUGCGGUUCACGAUGGGGGCAUUCCGCGGGUUCAUCUAUGGGUUGACGGCCAGCGCACGGCAAUUGAUGAUCAACCAGAUUUUGCGGUGCCAACCCGACCAGAUCCCCGUUAUCCCAUGGGACCGUAUGGCCGACGAUUUCAACCAGCCCAAGGACGUGUGGAGCUUUUGCUGGACGAGCGAGGAGCAACCAUGGCAGCGGUUGUUCGGCCGGUUGUUCGGGUUCGUCAACGAGUUCAAGGAAAAGUUGGCCGUGCUGGUCCACAUUACUAGCGGUCAGCCCCCGCGAGGCCACGAGCUGUUGAGUAUCCGUCACCGCUACAGCGCCGCCGGUGAGCACCGAAACAUGUUUAUCGAAGAUUGA